CCGUCUUCGGAUAAAAUGUGCAAGAGCAAUCAAUGCAAGGUACCGAAAAGUUCAGGGACGAGCCACUUUAACUUAAGGGAGCUUUUAGCGGGUUCAAACUUGGAAGCACCUGCAUUGGAUCCUUAUGCUGAGUCAACACUUGGUGUUACUUUUCUUACUUUUCUUAUAGGUAGUCUUUGAGACGAGAGCGAAGGGAGGAGUGAGGGAAGUACCUAACCUAAAUCUUCUCUUCUCUCUCUUUUACCACCCUUCUGAAAAUAAAUAUAACUUUGCCCACCAUGGCUCAAGCGGAUGUGAUUCUACCGUCUCUAGACACCGUCAAGGAAAUAUUAUCGAAACCCACGCCAGGACCCAAGAAACCAAAUCUAGUCCCUCUAUACGGCCAAAUAUCUGCCGACUUAAUAACACCAUCCGCCGCAUAUCUAAAGAUCUCGGAACACUCAAGGACAGAAUUGUCCUUCCUUUUCGAGAGUGCCGCUACGGAAAGGGUUGGUCGAUAUAGCUUCAUUGGUGCGGGCCCACGUAAAGUUCUCAAGACUGGAGAGGGCCAUGGAGAAUCGGUAGAUCCGCUACCUGCGCUCGAGAAGGAGUUGGCGCAGAAUGUCGUAGCCGAGAUCCCCGACCUGAAACUACCUCCUCUUAUUGGAGGUGCCGUUGGUUACGUGGGCUAUGACUGCGUCCGAUACUUCGAGCCGAAGACGGCGCGUCCUAUGAAGGAUGUCCUCAAAAUACCAGAGUCGCUGUUCAUGUUAUUCGACACCAUCGUGGCUUUUGAUAGGUUCUUUGGCGUUAUUAAGGUCAUCACCUACCUUCGCGUCCCCGAGAACUUAGAUACCCUUGCGGAUGAGUAUAACAAGGUCACAGCAACCAUUUACGAGCUUAUUGACGUCCUCAACUCUCCCGAGAUACCCAUACCCGAACAGCAGCCCAUCAAGCUCGGCCAGCAGUAUACCUCCAACAUCGGCCAGGAAGGGUACGAAUCACACGUGACGGAGCUGAAAAAGCACAUCGUUGUUGGCGACAUCAUCCAGGCUGUCCCCUCCCAGCGAUUUGCCCGCCCGACUUCGUUACAUCCCUUCAACAUUUACCGCCACUUACGAACGGUUAACCCUUCUCCAUACCUCUUCUACGUCAACUGCCAGGAUUUCCAAAUCGUUGGCGCAUCACCCGAGCUGCUGGUGAAAGAAGAAGAGGGACGCAUUAUUACACAUCCUAUUGCAGGCACGGUCAAGCGAGGCAAGACGCCAGAGGAGGACGAGAAACUUGCCAGUGAGCUCCGGAACUCGCUAAAGGAUCGUGCAGAGCACGUCAUGCUGGUGGAUCUGGCAAGGAACGAUAUCAACAGGGUCUGCGAUCCGCUCACUACGAGGGUUGAUAGAUUAAUGGUUGUUGAGAAAUUCAGUCACGUUCAACAUCUCGUGUCACAGGUGUCAGGUGUGUUACGGCCUGACCAAACAAGAUUCGAUGCUUUCCGGUCGAUUUUCCCCGCCGGAACGGUAUCAGGCGCUCCAAAGGUCCGCGCAAUGGAACUCAUCGCCGAACUCGAGAAGGAGAAGAGAGGCGUAUACGCAGGCGCUGUGGGAUACUUCGGGUAUGGCGGCGUAGAUUCCAACGGCAAGGAAAAAGAAGGUGCCAUGGACACUUGCAUCGCCUUGAGAACUAUGUUGGUUAAGGACGGAGUUGCAUAUCUCCAAGCUGGAGGCGGAAUCGUCUUCGAUUCGGAUCCGUACGAGGAAUGGAUGGAGACGAUUAACAAGCUAGGAGCCAACACGCAAACUAUUACAUCGGCAGAGCAUAUCUACGCGAAGAUGCAGCAAAAGUAGAAGGCCUGAUUUAUGUGAGAGCUGAAUCAACCAUGCGCGUUUAGAUCUAGAGGCUAUAAUAGGUGAAGGAAGCGCUGAUAUGAAGCCUGAGGUCGACUGGCCUGGGCUGAAAAGUUCUUGAGAAUCGCUUGUCAGACCACGCGCCGCUUUGUACCAAGCGAAGAGGAGAUAGGCCAGCCGGUAACCCCUGAUCUUUGGAUGAGGGGAGGUAUCUAUCUUGCUACAAUGAUGUGGGAAGGUUAACCAAGGGUCGUGGCUAAUAAAAAUCUUUUUAUGGAAGUAAAUCGGCUGGGUUCAAGGGCGCGGGCGAGUAUAUAAAAAGACUAGAUAGGGAAUGGGAUUAUCGUGGUCAAUGGAUUCCUUAUGAGCCAGCUAUUGAAUUACUGCUUCUACCUUGA